CCAUCCCAAAAAAUCACUCUCUCCCACCACACCACCAAAUAGUCCCUGAGAUCAUAAACCUGGAAGAUGACUCAAACUCAAUAACUGCAACUACCACUAAACGAGUCAACCAAAUCAAUCAAUUAAAACAAUCAAAACAACGGACCUCCAUACAUAGUAGUUGAAGGUUCUAAUGGAGGCAGCACCAUGUUAUCGUCCCUUUGUUUCUUUCUCCUCGAAGCCCACUUUCAUUUCCACCAAACUCAUGUUUGUUUCUCUUCAUAAUUCUAUGCAAUUCCGUCGCUUUAAAACCCAGAAACAGUUUUUAGUUUUGGCUUCUGAAAAUAAUCACAAGGGUACACCAAUUUCAGAUGAUAAAGCAGAGGAGUUAUUGAAAGGGAAAGAUGGUAGUGCACGUGAGAUUGAUCUGGGAUGGUUACCUGCUUUUCCUCAUGUCUUGACAGCAUCCAUGGCUAAUUUUCUCUUUGGAUAUCACAUUGGAGUCAUGAACGGUCCUAUUGUAUCAGUGGCACGAGAACUUGGUUUUGAGGGCAAUUCUAUCAUAGAGGGCCUUGUGGUGAGUAUUUUUAUUGGCGGUGCCUUCAUUGGGAGUCUGUUUUCUGGCUCCUUGGCUGACAAAUUUGGCUGUCGGCGCACACUUCAGAUUGACACAAUACCGUUGAUUAUUGGUGCAAUAUUGAGUGCACAAGCACACUCUACUGAUGAAGUACUUUGGGGAAGAUUUCUUGUGGGCCUUGGUAUUGGGGUGAACACAGUUCUUGUACCGAUUUACAUAUCAGAGGUUGCUCCGACGAAAUAUAGGGGAUCUUUGGGAUCUUUGUGUCAGAUUGGCACUUGUCUUGGGAUUAUAGCCUCUUUGUUUAUAGCAACUGCAGCAGAAAAUGAUCCACACUGGUGGAGGACAAUGCUUUACAUUGCAAGCAUCCCUGGGUUUAUUCUUACAAUUGGAAUGCAGUUUGCUGCGGACAGCCCUCGUUGGCUAUGUAAAAUGGGGAGACUUGAUGAUGCUAAAUCUAUUAUACGUAACCUUUGGGGUCCAUCAGAAGUUGAUAGUGCUAUAGAAGAGUUUCAGUCAGUAUUCAGUAGAAAUGAAGGAGAUAACAGUACGAACUGGUUGGAACUCUUCGAGGAGCCAAACUAUAAAGUUGCGCUUGUAGGAGGUUCUCUUUUUCUAUUGCAACAAUUUGCAGGGAUUAAUGGGGUCCUUUACUUUUCAUCUUUAACCUUUCAAGAUGUUGGGAUCACAAGUGCUGCUUUAGCAAGCUUAUAUGUUGGACUCACCAAUUUUGCAGGUGCUCUUUCCGCAUUGUUCUUGAUUGAUAAGCAAGGAAGGCGAAAACUUCUAAUUGGAAGUUAUUUGGGAAUGGGUGUGUCGAUGUUUCUUAUAGCAUAUGGUAUCAGCUUCCCAGAUGAGGAUGUCAGUCACAACCUUUCAAUCUUGGGUACACUAGGGUACAUAUACUCCUUUGCGAUUGGAGCUGGACCAGUGACUGGCAUUAUUAUUCCAGAGCUUAGCAGCAGUAGGAUGCGAGGGAAAAUUAUGAGUUUCAGUUUCUCUGUGCACUGGGUCUGCAACUUCCUGGUGGGUCUAUUUUUCCUUGAAUUAGUAAGGAUGUUUGGUGUUGCUCCAAUCUACAUGAGUUUCGGUGGAGUGUCCCUGCUAUCAGCAAUAUUUUGCUAUUCCUUCAUAAUAGAAACUCAAGGGCGAUCACUUGAGGAGAUUGAGAUGUCACUACGGUCUAAGCUCCCAGGGCGUGACAACUGAUAUUGCUGAUAUAUGUGUCUUAAGAGCGUGUUUACAAUGUGAUGACCAACUAACCUCGGUAAAGAGAGUUCAGACAAGUCAAAUAGGUUGAAAAGGCUCUGGUUCCAUUAUUAACUUGUGGUUCCUUGUUUGAAAAGCAAAACAAGGCGAGGUGGUUGCUGUAUUAAUUCAAGUGAUGGUGUUAGGAGCUUCCUAGUGGCCUAAUGCGGAGUUAGACAAACUGCCCGUUGUGCUACCUAGAUGUGCAAUAACCUGCAUCUUAUAAGUCAAAACCUGCUGAGGGGUGAUUAAUAACCAGGUCCAUUAUAAGAUUAUUUGGGUUUUAGGAGAAAUUGAAGGCGGCCAAAGAUCUGUUACUUUUCUUGCCAGUACAUCUCGAAAAAAUUUCAAUGAAGAAAAUGGUCAUCAGAAUUUUAGAAGAUAUUUGCAAGAAGGGGUGUACCAAGAUUACUUCAAUCCAGUCAUUUAUGACUAGGUGCAUCAUAAUGGUGUUUCUAUUUGAUCUUGGUGUGUGUGUGUUAACUGUAAUAUGUAUGCAUGACAGAUAUUUUGGCUUAAUAAUGCAUUAAAGGAGCUUUAUGGUGAGAACUUUUGUAUGAGAACCUACAAAAAUCCACUUAUCCGAUUUUGAAGGUUAUGAAAA